UCAACAGCCAUAUUGAUAGAUUUAGAUGACAAGAUACCUUUUUUCCUUGACAAUUUCCGGUCUGAAAGACUGAUUAUUUCUAGAUUUGGGAGAUUUUAAAAGCAGUCCGUAUACUUGAUAGAUAAACAAAUACCAGAAUAGACAGAAACUUUACUAACUGUCAAAAUGAUGCGGUAUAUAUCCUGCUAGUAUGAUUCUUGCAUGAGUUUGUUAGUAAACCUGUUGCAGUCCAUUCAAAGAAAAACAUUCCUGCAAAAUGUCAACCAUUAUCAGGUCACUGACUACACCUACGCCCAAGCGGCUAAGGGACCUCAUUAGAGAGAUCAGGUCAGCCAGAACAGCAGCUGAUGAGAGAGCAGUAGUACAAAAAGAAUGUGCCGCAAUAAGGGAUUCCUUCCGAGACCCAGACAAUACAUACAGAUGUAGGAAUAUUGCCAAACUGCUUUAUAUCCACAUGCUGGGUUAUCCAGCACAUUUUGGACAGCUUGAAUGUUUGAAAAUUGUGGCAUCACAGAAAUUUACAGAUAAAAGAAUUGGUUACCUUGGUGCUAUGCUUUUGCUAGAUGAAAAACAGGAAGUUCAUCUUUUAGUUACUAAUUCACUUAAGAAUGAUUUGGGUCACCAGACACAGUAUAUUCAAAGUUUAGCCCUGUGUACUCUUGGAUCUAUAUGUUCUACUGAAAUGAGCAGAGAUUUGGCUGGAGAAAUAGAGAAAAUGAUUAAGUCAUCAAAUGCUUAUAUCAAGAAAAAGGCUAUCCUGUGUGCCUUCUGUAUCAUCAGAAAAGUACCAGAUUUACUGGAGAUGUUUAUACCAGCUACCAGGACUUUACUUAAUGAAAAGAAUCAUGGAGUGUUGUUGACAGCAGUAUGUUUAAUAACAGAGAUGUGUGAGAAAAGUCCAGAUGCUCUGCAGCAUUUUAGAAAGGUUGUUCCACAGCUUGUUAGAAUACUAAAGAAUCUAAUUAUGGCAGGAUAUUCUCCUGAACAUGAUGUUUCUGGUGUUAGUGAUCCUUUCUUACAGGUUAAGAUUUUAAGAUUAUUACGGAGAUUAGGAAAGAAUGACACUGAGGCGAGUGAAACAAUGAAUGAUAUAUUAGCACAGGUGGCUACAAAUACUGACACAAGUAAAAAUGUUGGUCAUGCCAUUUUAUAUGAGAUUGUUCUUACUAUAAUGGGUAUUAAGUCUGAAGCUGGUCUUCGGGUGUUAGCUGUUAAUAUUUUAGGAAGAUUUUUGUUGAAUAAUGAUAAGAAUAUUAGAUAUGUAGCGUUGAACACCUUACUUAAAGUGGUACAGGCAGAUUACAAUGCAGUCCAGAGACACAGAACAACAAUUGUUGAUUGUCUCAAGGAUCCAGAUGUUUCCAUUAAAAAGAGAGCUGUUGAACUGUCAUUUGCCCUUAUAAACACAAGCAAUGUUAGAGGAAUGAUGAAAGAAUUGUUACACUUCUUGGAGACGUGUGAACCAGAAUUUAAACCUGAUAUCUGUUCAAAAAUUGUAAUGGCUGCUGAAAAUCAUUCCCCUACAAAGAGGUGGCAUAUAGAUACUGUGAUGAAAGUUCUUAUAACAGCUGGUAAUUAUGUGAGAGACGAUACGGUUUCAAUAACCAUCCAGUUAGCUGCAGAAAUGAAAGAACUCCAUCCAUAUAUUGUGCAACAACUUUUUAAAAACUUUAAAGAUCACUUAGAUGAACAAUCCUUAAUUCAAGUGUCAGUUUGGUGUAUAGGUGAAUAUGGAGAAUAUCUGUUGACUGGAGAAUGUGGAGAAGAUGAACCAGUGCAGGCAUCUGAAGAUGAAGUUGUAACAGAGUUGGAAAAAGUUCUUUCAAACCACAACUUGAAUGAAAUUACUAAAGAAUAUGCUAUUACAGCUUUAAUGAAACUCAGCUCUAGAUUUAGAACAUCUAUUGGGCGAAUCAAAGAUAUAAUGAGUGUGUAUGGUAAAAGUGUUAAUGUAGAAUUGCAACAGAGAUCUGUAGAAUAUUCACAAAUUUUCAAUAAAUUUGAUAGUUUACGGUUCUCAUUACUAGAACAAAUGCCUUUAAUAGAAACAAGUAGAAGUAAAAACAUAUUGCAUGAAAAUAGUAGUGAAAACUUAUUAAAUGGUGUCUCUGACGAAGGAGAUGUACAGAAAGAAAAUAAAAAGAACUUACAAGAGAGUCAAAAUAUAUUGGAUAUACUAGAUGUGGGUUCUCCAACACAACCAACACAACCACCUCCUAAAUCUGGAGUUAAUGAUUUGUUAGAUAUACUAGGAGAUGUUGCUAAUGUUACCUCAUCUACUGCACCGGUUUCCAUACCUAAUACACAACCAGUGCCAAUGGGUAAUGAUUUGAUGGACUUAUUAGGUGGCUCUCCAAUUAGUAACCAAAUGAAUGGAGGAAAUGGGUUCCCGCCAAUGACUGCAUUUAACAAGAAUGGUUUACUAGUAGAAUUUUUGAUUGAAAAGGACAUCUCUGAUCCAGACGUCACAUCAAUAAAUAUCAAAGCUACAAACUCCACACAAAGUCCUAUGUCUGAAUUUGUCUUUCAAGCUGCAGUACCUAAGUCAUUCCAUUUACAACUAAAUCCUCCAUCGGGUAAUUCUGUACCACCAGCCAACUCUGGUUCAGUUACACAAUUAAUUAAAGUAAAAAAUCCUUCUAAGCAAACACUGCGUAUGAGGAUUAAGAUUUCUUAUAGUCAUAAUGGACAAACUGUUACAGACAUGGGCGAAGUCAAUUCAUUCCCUGCGACAUUGUGGCAAUGAUAAAACGUUUUACCAACCUUCAUUCUUCAUCUAGUGCAAGCUUCCUUUGUGUCACAUGAUCAUCAUAGGAUCUGUGAAUGAAAUAAGUAGUAAUUAUUGCUCAUCAUGUGAUAUUGGUGUCCAAGACUUAAUGUUGCUAUUUGUUAACAUGUCAAAGUGGCUAAUAUAUUCUUUAACAUUAUAUGAGGGAAUGUAUACUUGAGCAUAUUUAGAAAAGUUUGCAGGCAGAUGGGAUGUGAAGAAUUGUAGAAAUGUUUGCUGAUGAAAUACCGAUUGGUUUUUAAAUGGAUCAUUUUCAGACACAUUCGGAUGAGUUUGUUGAUCGAGAUAUCAGCCUUUUUUUUAGUCUGCAAUAGAAAUUUCAAAACUUUUUUGAUGUUUGGAUGUAUCUUUAAACUGAAUUCAGCGGUCUUUAUCAUUUUCAGCAUUUAUUUAUUAUACAUACUUUUGUGCUAUCAAAAAGCAAUUCCAUGUUGGUUUGAAUUAAGAUGGAAACCUGAUAAUAAGUUACUUAUGCAAAAAUUUAGUAUUAUUGAGAUUUGCUGUUAUUUCAGAAUUAGGUAUAAACCCAAUUUAGUAGUUAAAAAGUAUCAAAAUUUCAAAAGAGCAUAAAGAAUGAAAUACAUGGUUGUGUGAAAGAAGAAUUCAAUUGUAAUGAAAUUUUGUCAUUUAUGCAGUAAAAUUUAGCACGAACGAAUCUUUGAUCAAAAAUCUGAUAUGUGUUUGUUUCUUAGCUAAUAACUCCUAAAAGUCCAAACAAUUAAAAAAUUACCUUUAAAAUCAUUAUUUUUAUGGAGGUCCUGUCAGUCAGAUCUCAGACAUAAUACUGUUAGAAUUUUCUGACUUUCUGGAGACAGAAAGUGUUGAAAAUUCUGACUUUCUGGAGACAGGAAAGAUUUGGUUUAAGAAUCAAAUAAAGUAUAACUCUCUUAACACAUUUGUUUUUAUUUUUCAUUGCUUAGCUCCCCUUAAUGCCACAUAGGUUUGAAGCCCAAGCAUGCUCUUUCAUUAGUUACAUAAAAUGGUUUCAUCAUGUUUUGAUCUGUUUGAGUUCUGACUGAGUGCAUUGUCCUCAAUAAAAUCACAAUCACUUUAAAAUACAAGCAUUGUAUGGCAUAUUAGUUAGUAACUGCCAUUUUUCAUGACUUGUAAAACUCCUACAUAGGCAUUAUAAUGCUUGCAAUGAAUUGUUUUCUCAGUGUGAAAAAAAACAACAUAAUCAGUGUAUGGUUGUUAAUAUUUACUUAUUCAUACAUGAUUUACAUUGUAUUGAAAUAUUUUUGUUUUCAUUUUCAUUUUCACAGUCAUUGGCAUUGAAAUUAAAUUUGUUAUAAGUGUUUUUAACAAACUCUUUAUUUUUGAAUGAAACCCUUGUUUAUUAUAUCUGGUUUCUCCUGUACAAUAUUCCAAUCUAGAGCAUGCAGUACUGUUUCAGGUCCAAAUUAAUCAUGGAGUCGAAAGAAGAUUAUUCAAUACUAGGAUAAGACACACCAGUUAUAAAUUGAAAGUAGUUACAUGUUUGGAAUACAGAACUGUACUUAAAGUUCUUGUGUAAAGAUCUUUCUUAAAUAAAUUAAAUUAAAGGAAUGUGCUUAAAUUUCUGAAUAAAUAAAUAAUGACUUGUAUAGGUACUUAGCAAUUGUAUUUAUAUUUUAAAAAUUGUGAAAAAUUAUUGGUAAUUGGAAUAAUGUAUGAUAUAUUUUCGAAAGAGCUCCUUCAAUCAUAUAUUAUUCUUCUGAAAAGAUCUUACAAUGAAUUUUACAUGAAUGCUAAUUGCAUGUCAUACUAGUAUAAUUCAACCAUAAAACCAGUAUGCAUUGAACUCUUAAUAGGACUAAAUUUAUUGUCUAAGCUCAUGAGCAUGGUAGUAGAAGAUUUGCAAUGAGUUCACAUAAAUGCACAGUAGGAACAAAUCAAACCCAAGGCACUAUAGACUGCAGAUGUGUGUAGUCAUAAUGUUUAGGUUACAUGUAACUAUCUCAACAAAAUGUAGAUAAUGUGCAGGGCUAUACAAAUGUAAAUACUUAUUUGGAUAUUGAUGUUCUCAUUUUAGAUGAAAAAUUGGUUGAGGAUUCACAAAAAUUUGAAUGGUUCAGUUUAACUAGAUUCCACUGUAGUGUUGAACAUAUACUGUAUACAACUUUUCAUCUAUCCCUUCAUUAACACAAAAAAUUAUGUUCAAUUCUUAAUGUUUUAAAGAAAUAUAAUUUUAUUUUUUGGCGAAAUAAAUGUGAUAAAGAUCAAGUGCUGAGAGAUAAAAAAAAAUAAUAUUUAAUACUGUGGAAUGAUUUAUUUUCGUGGGUACCAAUUUUCGUGGAUUGGGGAAAAAUGUUGUUUCCAUGGAUACUUAAUUUCCUGGUAUUGCCAAAGUCUGCAUACAAUCCUAUAGAAAAUUAAUACUUCGUUGAACAUUAAAAGUUGUGGUUCACCUAUACCUACGAAAUCUAAGAAAAUUAGUAUCCAACGAAUAAUAAUGAAUCCGCAGUAUGCUUAAAAGUGCUACUUUACAUGUAUAAACAUUCCAUCUGUGUCUUUUAUAUAUUUGUUUUUGUUACAACAUUUAAUUCAAUAUGAAUGCUAUGGUAUACCAGCAGAACAGAAGAAUGUCAAUGAUGACGAGCUGUUUGAGGCAUUUGAAGAAUUAUUUGUACAGAGGAAGUUUGAUUUGAUAAUUGUAAUAUUCUUUUUCCGAUCUUUUGUCUUAAUAUGCAUGUCUAUUUGCUGGCUAAUGUUAAACAACUAACAAUCAAUCAGUCAGUCAGUGUGGCUUUAAAUGUAAACAGAUAUAGUUCCAAUUAAGUAUCAAUCUAUUUAUCAUAUGCAUGUGAUUUGAAAAUAGUCCCUUUUGUAUUGACUUAUAAAUCUGUUUAAUAUUGCAGUCUUUAUUUUUAGUCUAAACUGUUAUUUAAAGGAUAAUCAUUAAUUUCUAUAUUAAAAUAUUGACAGCAUUAUAUUUGUCUGAAUAUUUUUGGAAAAUUUCCCUUUGCCUCACUGAUGCUAGUCUUGCAGUGAAUUCCUUCCUUUACAAACAUUAUUUCUUAUAUGCUUAAAUUAGCCAUGGAUAUCAUUUGUUCACCCUAGGAAAAUAACUUAUACACAGAAAACUGCAUACCAGAAUACUUUUUCCACACAGUAUAAACAUAUAAGUAAAUUGGAAACUCUUCACCUAGAAUAAAACACUGACCAUGACCUAAAAGACAAUUUCUGAGCAAAAAACUAUUGGUCCUCAGUGCUGUUAUUUAGGAAAAAAUAUGUGUAUGCACUGGUCCAAGGGUAAAAUUACAUAGAAAUUAUUUGGAAUAGAUUGAAAUUUCAGAGAUCCCCAAAUAAAAAGUUAUAUAGGAUAGUCAUUGCAUAAUCUGAAUAAUAAAUAAGUUGUUCCUUGAGAACGUAAUAUAUAACAUUUUGUUUGAUAGAAUUCAUUGGUGUUGAUGUUCUAGAUAUACAUUCCUUUACCGCCUUCAAUUAUUUAUCUGUAUUUUACAGAUAUAUAUUUUAGUACUGUUUAAGUUUUGAAUCUUGGUACAAUGUGUUUAUAAUUGAAUUCAGCUGUUUAUUAGAAAAUCAAAUAUUUUAUUAAUAUUAAGGUUUGGAAACUGAGAUCUAUGGAUAUUAUAUUUCAAUAAGCUCCACUGAAUUAAGUAGAUAACUGUUGAAUAUCUUGUAGGUAAAUAGGGGAGGUUUAUAAAUUCUAGGUAAGCUUGCUUUAAAAGAACACUUAAUGGCUUUGCAUUAAUAUAAAUACACAGUUGUCGUAACUGGUGUAUUAUUUUGAACUAUUACAAAUGAAUAAAGAGAAUAGUUAUUUAUACUUUAGUUUUGACACUGAAACUUUUGAUUUCACUGUAGUGCUAAUAAAUGCGAAGUAAAAUAAGAAAAAUUGAUUCUUAUCAAUCGAUGAAACAGAAUGAAAUGUUUCUUUGAAGUUUUAUUUUGCUUUAUAUUUGUGUUUGCCAUUCUGUCAACAAAUUGUUAAGUUUAUUUUAUAUAUGUGAUCCUUUGUUUACAUUCUAAUUUAUAUCAUGCUAAAUAUAAUGUACAUAUUGUAAAUUUCAGGCAAUGUGUAAAAAAUGGAGAUGCUUUUGAUUGUUAAUGUAUUUGUAUAUGUAUGAAGCAGAACAAAAAAGAUCCAUAAAUAAACUGACAACUAAGAAAAA